ACGCGACCAACUGCUUAGGUAUGUGACCCGAGCCGCUCCCACUGUAACCAGUACUACCCGCCGCCGCCGCCGCCGCCGCCCGGCAAGGAACUGCCGCCGACGAGUCCCCACCUUCCCAUCUUUCUCCACUGCUACCCCCUCUCCCCCAGCCUCGCCCACCGCUCCACAUCACAUAAUCCCACGCCCACCGCCCGCCUCUCUGUUACGGCGGCUGCCGGCGACGGACGACGGCGGCUGCACGAAGCCCCAGCUCGCCGCCGUUGGUGGCCGAAGCGGUCCUCAAGCUACAGGCGUUCCGCGGGUACUUGUCCUCUUCCAUCUUUCCGAAUCGGAGCCCGCUUGUAGAAGAGAAGAGUUGUUGUUCGAUUCAAAGUCUGAACCGACAAGGAUCCAAUGAAGAAGGAAUCCGGGCGAUACCAGUGGCGUUUUCGGACUCGGAUUGCCAAAACCUACUCGAAUCAGUGCUGAGGCCUCCACAUAAGUACCCAGGCCCUCCGACCCCGGAGUAUCAAAUCAAAGGUUGCAGCUUCAGCUAGGUGGGGAUCAGAUCAGAGGUUGCAGCUUUCCAAGCACCACCGAAGCAAAUUCAUCUUCCGUUCGUAGGUGGGGAUCAAAGUUUCGCUUCAAUGGAGGCUUGUAGCUUAGCCAGGACAAUUGGCUUAUGGAGUUUACCCACACACCCAAGGAUGUUCUUGUCUCAGGUCUUCAGAGUUUUGCUCAAGCUGCUUGGUCUCCCCCCCAGUUUACUGAAGAAAUUCCUCAAACAUGAGCAUAUUCAUCCACCACACAUGGAGAGUGAAGUAGGCGGAUUGCCGGAGCUGCCGCACGAACUCCUCGUGGAUAUAUUUGCCCUCCUAGAUAUUCCCGACCUGAAGCGUGCCAGCUCCGUCUGCUCCUCCUGGCGCUCAGUUUAUACCAGCCUAUGCAGCCUUGGGCUGUACAAGCGGCCCCAGACGCCAUGCCUGUUCUACACCUCUGAAUCUGCUGGUGAGAGUGUUGCCUUCCUCUACAGCCUCGCAGAGAAGAGGUCAUACAAGUUGACUCUCCCGGAGCCACCUAUCCGCAGUAGGCAUCUGAUCGGCUCCACAAAUGGCUGGCUGGUCACUGCUGAUGAGAGGUCUGAGAUGCAUCUUCUGAAUCCAAUCACCUGUCAACAGAUUGCUCUCCCGUUGGUGAUCACCAUCGAGCAUGUGACCCCCAUUUUUGAUGAAGCAGGUGCCUUAUGUGAGUACCAUUACUCGCGACACACAUAUGGGCCAUAUGGGCUCUGUACUGCUGACCGACCUUCAAUCCUUGCUCUUGACGAGCUACGGAGCUACCUCUAUGUAAAGGCAUUUGUAUUUUAUGAUGCAUCUGCAGGUGGACAUAUCGUGGUGCUUAUCCACAAUCCAUUCGGGCAGCUUUCGUUUGCUAGGUUAGGGGAUGACAAGUGGACCUGGCUGCCACAGCACUCUUUUUUUCAUGACUGCAUCUAUAAGGAUGGCCUAUUAUAUGCAGUGACAGCACAAGGGAAAAUUCUCGCCUUCAAUCUCAGAGGUCCUGUGGUCACAACGGAGUUAAUCAUGGACAUUGCGAAAGACAUUUUAGAUGAAAAUAUUUACAUUGUCCAGGCUCCAUGUGGCGGUCUACUUCAAGUCUGGAGAACCCAAGAGGCUAGUCAGUAUGUUGAAGAUGCUGGCCCUGCAAUAGAUCUGACUAAUACCAGAGAUAUCAAGAUAUUUAAAGUUGAAACCACGGCUGAAAAGCUUGUGGGAAUAGAUAGCUUGGAUGAUCAUGUGUUGCUUCUUGGGCACAACCAAACACUUUGUCUAAGUGUUGAAGAGUAUCCACAUCUGAAAGCAAACCAUGCCUAUUUUACAGAUGAUUGCGAACUGUAUCUUUUUGGAUGGAAGAAUAACCGUCGUGAUAUUGGAAUCUGUGACUUGGCAAAUAACACUUGUGAGGAACUUGUGUCCCCUCAGCCUUGGUCCAACUGGCCUAAUCCCAUAUGGAUAACACCAAGUCUUACAAGACUGUAACCCAGCGAUGGAGUGACUCAAUACCAGUUCUUGUAACGGAGCGUGCCUGCGAGCCGCUUAUAUUUUCUUAUUUUAUAUUAUCUGUGCCUACCUGAUCUGUAGGGGCACUGUAAUCUCUUAAGCACAGGGUCUGUUCGUCCCACGGUUGAAAUUGACAAGUCAUGGUGUAAACUCAUUAGUGCAAUGGGAAAACUGUGGGAUGUCUUAUUUUUCCUGCUUGUAGCAUUAUCUUUUUUCCCCUAUGCAAAAUUCUAAGUACAUCUU